GCCCAGAAUUUUUAUUGAACUUCUACGUCUCGUAACGUGAUCGUAUGCAGAAGUGAUUAAUAUAGUUACGAAUUGUUACGAACAAUUACGAAUCGUUUAAAAAUAGUGAAUAUAAAAGUGAAUGUUAUUAAACGUAAUACAAAUGAAAUUUUACUUUUCUAACUAAAAAAUCAAGUAUUUACGAUAAACGUGCAUAUGUCAUAACGUUUGUUCAUUGUUUGAUUAUUUUGAUGUUUGAUUAUUGAGAGAGUAUCAUUCAAAUUAUAUGUUAACGUAAAUAAUAAAAUAUGUCAACCACGCAAGAUUUGAACGAAGAAAUUGAUACCGUGUCGGCAAAACUAACGUCGACCACUAUGUUCACUCCUGCUGUAAAUACUCCGGAACAAUCGAAAACGCCGACUUCAAAUAACAGCAAUACAUCCAGUCGAAAUUUAGACAGUAAAAAGAGUUGUACUGUACAAGAAAAUAUUAGAAAUUUGCCUGAAUUAAAUAUACCUGAAAAAAUUUUAUUUGUUGUCGACACAGUAAAAGAGGAGAAAUCUACGUCAUUCAAAGUUGGCACUGGUGGAUCUUAUUCGCCAUUGUAUAUGAUAAAGCGUGUGGUAGAAACAUUCAUCAAUGCCAAAUCUACAAUACAGCGAAAGCAUGAAUAUGGUCUUAUGAUUUUGGAAUCUUCUACUAUACGUUGGGUCUGUGAUUUUACAAACAAUAUCAAAACCAUUUUAAAUAACCUUGAUACCAUAGAGGAAAGCAGCGAUGAUGAAAAAACAUUUGAUAUAGGACAAGUCUUUGAAGAAAUACAGUCUAGAAUACCAGUAAAAAAUUAUGGCAUGUCUUUCCCAAUGUUUACAACACGUGUGAUUUUGAUAUACUCAAGAUCUAAUUGUAUACCAAGAUUUAAUACUGGACAAAAAUGCCUUGCAAAUUUAACUGAAAAUCCAUAUUUCUUUUUGGAUGUCUUAUUUGUACAUGAACCACCAACUUCUGAGAAUUUAUGUGAAGAAGUCUAUGCUGAAAUAACUACUUUGGACACAACAAAUUUUUCUUAUAUCUUAGAAGUAGGAAGAAAUGCUGCAAAAUUGCAUGAUAAUAUGGCAAAAUUAUUAGCACAUCCAUUACAGCGGCCACCACAAAAAGAUAUGUGUUAUACUAUUAAUGAAUCUAUUCUUACGGACUUACAUACUAAUUCUAAUGUCUAGCAAAUAUGUGAAUAUAGAUAUAUUUUCUCUGUUUAACUUAUAAAAGAAUUAGAAAAGUAAGAGAACUAUUUUUAUGAAGGAUUAAGUUCCAUUUCACUUUCUGUUAUUCAUUCACUUUUACUUUGAUGUUUGAACAAGCAGCUACAUUGCAUUUAUAUCGUCUACUGUGCCAUGUGGCAAAUUUUGUAAUGUUUACUGAUAAGAAUUUGUGUGUACGAUAAUAAAAUGUAUAACCAAAGAUGAAAAAACAAAAUAAUAUGAUACUA